AUGAACCUCACACGACCCUUCUCGACCACGACUGCGAACCUCAAAGUGCCUCCCGAAUCCCCCGAAUGGAUCCAGGUCCCGGUACCGCCUCAAUCUCAGUCCUCUGAGCAGAAGCUCAAGGUCAUUAGGGGAACCCUCCCCGUGCCCCGCGACCCCUUCCCGCGCAAGGAAGGAGACCGCAAGGUCAAGCCCGAAUACCUCGAACAAACGGCCCCGACACCCUCGAACGAAGCCUCCCAGAGGCCUGUCGAGCCAGGCUCUCGCCGGGAGCACCGCCGACUCAUGGCUGAUAGCCGUCGUGAGAACCUCAAAACCGCCCUCAAGGGCCUCUACCAGCGCAAGAAGACCACCGUCAAUGCCAUAUCAGCCACUUCGAGGCAGCGUCGACUCGAUAACGCACGCGCAGCCAAGGCCCCCGAGCGUGAGGACGACCGUCUCACCCGUAGCUCAGUUCUGUCAUCUCUCAAGACUACAAUGUCUGUGGACCUUGAUCCUCUCCGUUACGAGCGCGCUGCGGAGAGCAAGGCCAAGACCGCCGCCCUCGCCCAGCAGAAGACCGAUGCGAAACGGGAUGCGCUUAUGGAAUUGUACAUUAACGCCUCCAACUUCAUCGUCACCGAGGAGGAACUGAACGAGGAGCUGGACAGGCUGUUCGCCGAGGAUUUCUGGAAGCGCCAGGGCCAGUCUAUGGUCAUGGACCAGGAGAACGCUUGGGACGUCUGGGGAGCGCCCCCAACGGUGCAGACCAUGUUGGAGGAAAUGUUCAAGAGAGAGACAAACGCCAUCGACUCGCAGCAGACCGAAGGAACCAGGUCCGUCAACAGACAGAAGACAAUUGCCGAGGAGUUGACCGGUGGCAAGAUGAAGGGUUCAGACUAA